UCAGUUCAUCAAAUACUUACACUAAGACAUUUACUGGGAUUGAUGGAGCUGGAAAGCGGUUAGCUGAUGAAGUAUUGCAAGUUGUUAAAAAGACAAGGAGCCUUAAAAGAAUCUCCUUUCUAUCCCAUUCUUUGGGAGGCUUGUUUGCUAGAUAUGCAAUUGCUGUUCUUUAUUCACCUGAUACCUACAGUAGAGAUCAACCAGGUGAUCUGGCAAACAACACGACAGAAUAUCUCCAGGAAAAAAAGUUUUCCAAAGGAGGCUUAAUAGCUGGGUUGGAGCCUAUCAAUUUUAUAACUUUAGCAACUCCUCAUCUUGGUGUAAGAGGAAAGAAGCAGCUGGGUUGCACUUCAUGGCGUAUUCCACCCAACUCUGCCUUCAACCUCCUUAUGGACAGCUCCAUGUUCUCCAGUCUCUGCCCCAUGCUCUCCAGUUUCCCUUCAACUGCAUUCAUUCUUCCCUCCAUGAUUAUAUAUACACAUAUAUAUAUAUAUAUCUGUUUAGGAACAGUUCUUAUCAAUUAUUUGUUGUUUGCAGUCAGUUCAUCAAAUACUUACACUAAGACAUUUACUGGGAUUGAUGGAGCUGGAAAGCGGUUAGCUGAUGAAGUAUUGCAAGUUGUUAAAAAGACAAGGAGCCUUAAAAGAAUCUCCUUUCUAUCCCAUUCUUUGGGAGGCUUGUUUGCUAGAUAUGCAAUUGCUGUUCUUUAUUCACCUGAUACCUACAGUAGAGAUCAACCAGGUGAUCUGGCAAACAACACGACAGAAUAUCUCCAGGAAAAAAAGUUUUCCAAAGGAGGCUUAAUAGCUGGGUUGGAGCCUAUCAAUUUUAUAACUUUAGCAACUCCUCAUCUUGGUGUAAGAGGAAAGAAGCAGCUCCCAUUUCUGUUGGGUGUCCCAAUCCUAGAAAAGCUAGCUGCUCCCAUAGCUCCUUUUUUUGUUGGUCAAACAGGUAGUCAGUUGUUCCUUACUGAUGGUAAACCUGAUAAACCACCUCUUCUAUUGAGAAUGGCUUCUGAUUUUGAUGAUGGAAAGUUUCUGUCUGCACUUGGAACAUUUAGAUGUCGCAUCAUUUAUGCUAAUGUUUCAUAUGAUCAUAUGGUAGGGUGGCGCACUUCCUCUAUAAGGAGGGAAACUGAGCUCAGUAAGCCUCCUCGUCAAUCUUUAGAUGGAUACAAGCACGUAGUUGAUGUGGAAUAUUGUCCCCCAGUUCCUUCUGAUGGCUCUAAAUUUUCUCCAAAAGCAGUGCAAGCAAAGGAGGCUGCACAAAAUGCUCCCAAUACACAUAGUACUGUAGCAUAUCAUGAAAUUGUAGAAGAGGAGAUGAUUCGGGGAUUGCAGCUGUUGGGAUGGAAAAAAGUUGAUGUCAGCUUUCACUCGGCAUUCUGGCCUUUAUUUGCUCAUAACAACAUUCAUGUGAAAAACGAAUGGCUUCACAAUGCUGGUGUAGGAGUAAUUGCUCAUGUGGCUGACAGCUUAAAACAGCAAGAAGCAUCAUCAGUAUUGUCUGCUAGCUUGUGACUGCUGUACGUAAUCUCAGUUUUCCUGGGACACGUCUAACUUCACAAUACUAGCUGGAAAAAAAUUCUUACUAUAGUAGUUAGUCAUCAACAUAAUUACAAUUUUUUUUACGCAUAUUUCAUAUAAAGAUACAGUAGUUGUUAACAGGAUUAUCAUGCAACUUAAUAGAAAAAUACAUUACCAUACCAAUGGAAAAUAGUUUGUGUAG